GAGAACUCGGAGCGCUAUGUGACCUCGGGUAAGCGGAAGUCAGGCCUCUUUUCCGUGGCGCCUCCCGCGCGAGCAGCUGCUUCGCCAUGAAGCUGAAUAUCUCCUUCCCAGCCACUGGCUGUCAGAAACUCAUUGAAGUGGACGAUGAACGCAAACUCCGUACUUUCUAUGAGAAGCGGAUGGCCACAGAAGUUGCCGCUGACGCUCUGGGUGAAGAAUGGAAGGGUUAUGUAGUCCGAAUCAGUGGUGGGAACGACAAACAAGGUUUUCCCAUGAAGCAAGGUGUUUUGACACAUGGAAGAGUUCGCUUGCUACUGAGCAAGGGGCAUUCCUGUUACAGACCAAGAAGAACUGGAGAGAGAAAACGCAAAUCUGUUCGGGGUUGCAUUGUGGAUGCCAAUCUGAGUGUUCUCAACUUGGUUAUUGUAAAAAAAGGAGAAAAGGAUAUUCCUGGACUGACAGAUACCACUGUACCCCGCCGCCUGGGACCCAAACGGGCUAGCAGAAUCCGCAAACUUUUCAAUCUCUCUAAAGAAGAUGAUGUCCGCCAGUAUGUUGUUCGAAAACCCUUGAACAAAGAAGGUAAAAAACCCAGGACCAAAGCACCCAAGAUUCAGCGUCUUGUUACUCCACGUGUCCUGCAACACAAACGCCGCCGUAUUGCUCUGAAGAAACAACGGACUAAGAAAAACAAGGAGGAAGCUGCAGAAUAUGCUAAGCUUCUGGCUAAGAGAAUGAAGGAAGCCAAAGAAAAACGGCAGGAACAGAUUGCCAAGAGACGAAGGCUGUCCUCUCUGAGAGCUUCUACUUCUAAGUCUGAGUCCAGUCAAAAAUAAGAGUCUAUAAAUAACAAAUAAAUAAGACCUUAAUUGUC